CCUUCUAUCCAACCAACCAAAUUAAGCGAACAAACCCCCACCCCCUCACUGUCUCUCUCUAACUUUCCCUUGUUCUUUCAAUACAUACGACAUAUAGAUAUAGAUAUACAAAGACAGUAGAACAAAAACCCAGAAAAACCCAUCUGUUGAAUUCUUCACUUUCUGAUAAUUACAUAUAUUAUUUUGGGGGAUCUAUGAAGCGAUCGAUAGAUUGUUCAAUAGAUCCGGUCAACACCGGUGGUGGUGGUCAACAAAACAAAAAGAUCCGUGAAGAUAAUAAUAUGGCUCUUGAGAUAGAUAUACAAAACCCCCCAAACCAAGUACUACAAGACGACAAUUUACUAUACGAGAUUUUAAAACACGUGGACGCGCGGACAUUAGGCGCGUGUGGGUGUGUCAACAAACAUUGGAAUCGAACUUCUAAAGAUGAACGUUUGUGGGAACUAAUCUGUACACGUCACUGGGAUAAAAUCGGGUGUGGUAAUACCCAGUUACGUUCUGUUGUUCUUGCGCUUGGCGGGUUUAAAAGGCUUCAUUCGGGUUAUUUAUGGCCUUUAUCAAAACCAACAAUUUCGUCGUCGUCGGGAGCAAGUUCGUCGAGAUCGACGGGGUGGCCAUGUUUGCCACCGACUAAUCGUUCACUUGUUCCGUCUAAACCGAUUACAAAAUCGGCUGCCAAUACACGGUGGGGUAAAGACGAGGUUCAAUUGUCUUUGUCUCUUCUUUCAAUUCGGUAUUAUGAGAAGAUGAAUUUUAACAACAGAAAGUGAUAGUAAAAAUUGUAACGGGUUUGAUGGUGUUUUUUUUUUUUUUUGUUUCGCUAUGUUUCUGUUUCGAGCUUGUUUUUGGUGUUUUUAUUUUGUUGGAGUUUUGUAUGUUUAAGAACACGUUGUAAUGUGUUGUACACUAAAAAAAAUAAAAUCGUCCGUUAUAGAUAA